UCAGUCCCUCCUUUUCCCCACCGCACGACGCUCUGUCCCUGCUGUCGCCUCUAUCGCGAUGUGGCGCUGUGCCGGCCUCGCUGGCGACGCGCAGGUUGUGACCUCAGGUGCAUAACUGGGUGACUUGACCCUUAUGGAAGAGCUCUGCGAGGACUGGAGUCAAAUCUACAUCCAGGCACCUGGUGUUACUAAGGCUGAGACCAAAGAGGAAUUUGUCAAAGUUAGAAGAAGGGAUUUGGAAAGGCUGACAACUGAGGUUAUGCAAUUGCGGGAUUUCUUACCCAAAAUAGUGAAUGGAGAUAUCCUGGGGACACUCCAGAAACUGGAUGCUAUUGAAUCAAACCUGGAGAAAAAGGAGGAGGAAGUUCAGCAGCUGAGAAUGGAUUGUGAACACUUCAAAGCCCGUCUGGAAACGGCCCAGGCAGAUUGCAUGAGAGAGAAGAAGGAGAAACUGGACCUGCGGCAGCAGCUGAACGAGGCCAAGCAGCAGCUCCUGCAGCAGGCAGAGUAUUGCACAGAGAUGGGGGCUGCUGUUUGCACCUUGCUCUGGGGGGUGUCCAGCAACGAGGAGGCUGUGAAAACCAUUCUAGGAGGAAGUAAAGCAGUAAAGUUUUUCACAAUCACUGCCCAGACCAUGGAGAGCUUUGUGAAGUCAUUAAGUGAAGACAUGAAACAGCAGGAUUUGGAUUCUGAUGAAAAUCAGUUUGUAUUAGCCUUGGCAGGGAUUGUGACAAAUGUGGCCGCGCUGGCGUGUGGCCGUGAGUUCUUGGUAAGCUCAAGUCAUGUAUUACUGGACACGAUGAUGCACCUCCUGGGAGACAUGAAGCCAGGACUCUGUAACAAAUUUAAAGUGCUAAUGCUAAUGUCACUUUACAAUGUGAGCAUCAACUUGAAAGGCUUGAAGUACAUCAGUGAAAGUCCAGGUUUUAUUCCCUUGCUUUGGUGGCUGUUGAAUGGCUUUUUGAAGAGACGGAGACAUACCUUGAUGUUGAAUACAUGGAUUGAAGAGAAAGGAAAAAAAAAACUAAUAAAGGCUUCUAGUGGAGUAAGAAUGUUACCAGCAAACUGUCCUACUGUCUUUAGAAAAUUUGGAUGAGCUGGCUUUAUGUUCACUAACAAGAACUCUUAAUAGCUCUUUCCGCUGGAGGCUUUACUGAUCAUAGGAGAAAACCAAAUGUUUUACACACUUUGUGAAGGUAAUGCAGAUCUCUGUAGUUUUAGCACUUUGUGAAGUGGACUAUCUUUUUCUUCUAUUUUUUUCUGCCUUUUAAAAACUGUCUAAAAGUUGGGCACCCUUUAAUAAGCAACACUGAUCACUGAAGAAUAUCCUCUGUGUAGGUAUCAGCUAUGCCUCCUUACAUCUUCCCAGCCUGGUGCCAGCAUAAAACACAUGAAUGAUGACUCAGAUUUCUGUCCGUGGAGCAGCUUGUGGCAUCAACAGAGUUCUCUUCUCAUGGAGCACCAUUUGUUUGCAGAGCAGCUGCUCCCAUCUUGGAGAAAACAGGCAGCUUUAGUUUCCUCCAUCAGCUGCUGUCCCUGUGUUGAUGUCUUGACUGAGGGUUUCACAUAACUUUCAGAUUUAAAGAAGCCCCGUCCUCAGCAACUGAAAAAGAAGCUUUAUCAUUUUGGGUAGAAAUCCACCUGGGAUUUGUCACUAUUUCUUUUUCUGGUGCUUUCCAUCUAUAGAUGCAAUAAGACUUCCAUCCUGUAAUUCCCAAAGAGGUAGAUUGGGACUUUUCUCUGCCGAGGAUCCUUUGAAGAAUAAGAAGACACAGUCAGCUCAGGUAUUAAUAAUAAAGACUAGAUUUUUGUUUUUCAUUUUUGAUCAUGCAGAACAUCUGCCAACAAAUGAAUGCUGGAGAAAAGGAGUCUGGGCUCUUCUCUGCUUUGUUAGUUUGGGUGCGAUUUUUUGUUAGUUGUAUUUUUCUAAUUGUUGUGCAUCUUUAUUUUGGUUUUUUUCCCCACUUUCCUUUUCUUUGAAUGCAGUUUAAAAAAUCUUCGGAUCCAUGAGAAAGUGUGGAAUUCAGAGUCACUAUGUCAGUGGCAUUUUUGGUCAUUUCACUGGGAAAUUGCUCCAGGUACUUCAUUAAACAGAAGACAAAAAGAGAAGUAUGACUAAUUUUAGAUCUUGCCCUUGAGUUUCCUCCACCACUGUUCCACAUGGAAAUCUAACCUUGUUUAUCCAAAUUCCUUGCAAAUGAUGGUCUCUAUUAUAAAUGCUUGUAUGAAGCACAUUCUCAUUUUGCUGCCUGCACCCUUCAAUAUUUGCUUUUCAGGACUAACCCUGAAGGCUUCUAAUGCCUUGCUCUUCUGCCUGAAUUCAUUAUAGCUGUGAGAGUUUUUGAAAAUUCGGGUUAUUUGCAUGGCAGCAUGUUAUUUAAAAGACAUCUGGACAAACAGAACCCUCAUAUUUAUAAACUGAUGUCUGUAUUAAAACAA